ACAGAUGAAGAAAAGCAAAGAGAUGUUGAGCUGUAUCAAGAAUUGAAGAAAAGAAAAAAUAUUUUAGAAGAGAAAUUAUUGGCGAAAUUAGAUGAAUUACGAGAAGUUUGUAUUCAAGAAGCGGAGAUAACAGGCGAAAUGCCGAGAGAGAUUUAUAAAACAUUAAUGCCGGGUGAAGGCGAACCAAAAGUCAAACGAAGAAUUGGUACAGCAUUUUCGCUCAGUGACGAUGUUCUGAAAAAAAAUGACCGAAUAUCGAUGCUCGAGACAGAUGUUGAAUUGCAUAGAAAAAUUGUCGCUGCAGCUGAGCGUCUUGCUAAGGACAAAUCAGCGAAUAAAUCGGUACGGAAGAAACGUCAAAAAGAUCUGGUUGCAGCUACUCAAAAACUUCGUGGUCUUGAAAUUGGUCUUCAUCAGUUAAGGCUUUCAACUAGUAAACCUGAUGUUAGCGAAACCAAACAGACUUGGUCGAAUAUAUUAAAUCGUAAUGGAAGCAAUAUGGUGGCGAAAUCAUGUCCAGCAACUCCUCGUGGAUCUUUUCCUGAUUUAUCAACUGACAAUGAAAAAUGUGAUAUUGAUGAUGAAAAAGACACUGAUUAUAGGCAAAAUAAUAAUAUUAGGCCUUAUAGGUUUACUUUAAUAUUACUGAAUGCUCUAUCUCUUUUGAAUCAUUUUAUUUUCCUCAUAUUUUGUUUCAUCUUAUUCAUCUAUAUUUUAGUAUAA